CUCUCUCUCUCUCUCCCUUUUCUCGGUGGGAUUGGGUUUGCUACUUUCAGUGAUUGUGUGUUUUGCUGUCAGUAACCAGGUAGGUCAUGUUUUCCCCCUCUGUAGCUCUCUCACAGCUGCGUGUCCCUGCCAACACCACAGAGUAUAUCGUUGCAGCCAGAUUUUCCUCUGUGCUGUUGCCUGGCUCUGAGAUUGGGUCCUAUGAAGCAGGAACAUUGAUUCAGUGGUCCAUUAUCCUGCCUGAAGGCCGGACCUCAAUCGUGAUUCACAGACUGCAAACAGAGUUCGUCCGCCUACGGGAGUUUUAUUCCAACAGGAUAAUAUACCACGUAGAGACCACCGCGCUGGAACUGAAGAGUGCUGACCUGGAUGAUAGAGCCAUUUAUGAAAACUCCGUCACCACAUUUGGCUCUUCUGGCAAGAGGAUGUAUUACGAUAAAAUCCUGGAUGUUCAAGAAAUCCUGAAGCCCCCAACAAUAGUGCAGAAUCCCAACCCUGCAACUGAUCUCGUUCAGCUUCAUUGUGUGCAGAAAAAUGGGCAAGUCCAGGCAACCUCCUGGUCGAAAGACAGUAAACUACUUGAAAACAAUGCAACCUACAAACUGUCGUUGGACAACAGAACACUAACUAUUAAGAUGGAAUACCUGCAGACGUGUCAGCAGUAUAUGUGUGUGAUCAGGAAUAAAGUCAGUCAGAACUGGAACACUCAUUUACUUGUCCAGGAAGGGUUACUGAUGUUCCAUGAAAGUUCACUUAUCUCAACCACCAUCGCCGUGGUCAGCACGUCUCUGUCGUAUGGUGCUGCAGUAUUUAUACUGUUCUUUGCCCUGGGGAAAUACAGAGUUUACAAGAGGCACCUGCAGCUGACCACGGUGUUUGUGUUCUGCCAAAUGGUUGCCUUGCUCUGUGUCCUGAUCUCCUCCCUCCUCUGCAGCCUCGAUCCAG